UUUUAUUGGGUGGUGUGCUUUUCAGCCUUUCGAUUGCGAAUCUUUCAAAAAUUCCAACACCAGUUAAUUCUACUCUAACGGGCUUUCAAACAUUCCAUCCUGAAUUUCAUAAUUUUAAUAUAGAAACAUGGUAUACGAUGCUCUUUUUCACGGCUGUCAUAGGAAUAGUUCUUAGUAUAUUUAUACUCAUAUGGUCGGCAAAAUAUGAGACAAUUAACUUUUUCAUAUACCAUGGCGAAAAAACUCCAACAACUUCAUUUAAUUAUUUGAUUGCUGGUUAUAAUUUCAUAACUGGUACAAUUGCGAUUACUUUUAUUAUUUUUGAUCUUGGAAAAUUCUGGACAGCGCUUGGUGUAAUACAUAAUUUUUUUGAAGUUAUUAUGAUGUUACUUUUACAUCAAGGAGGAAAUUUUGAUUCAAACUAUAAUAUUCUUCCAUGGAGUUUCCUUUACUUAUUAGUAGCCGAAGGAGUAGCUAUUUUAUUGGAUUGGCCUCUUAAUGCUUUUUGGUUUAAAUUUCAAGGUCUUGCUAUUGAUUGGGCAUUUGUUAUCCAAUUUGUAAGAUUAUACAUUGAAACAAAAAAAAAUUAUCGUGAAGGUUAUGACAGUUUACCCCAACACGCCUCUGAUGAUGGAAGGGAAAGGGAAUCGGAAGAACAUGAUCGACCAAAUCAUCAAAUUCAUCAUCAUAAAAAAGAUGGUCAUGUUUGUCAUGUGUCUUUAUUAGCUGUCGCUGCGUUAUUUCACAUAGCGGGAAAUGUUUUCAAUACCCUUUUUUCGACCGAAGGAAUUGC